CUCAUGAUUCAGCUCGAAUCUCGAGCAACCCGAAUGGAGUUAGAAGCUUGAGUUGGGAAAAUUCAUUAAAAAUAAUAUUUAUCAUUUGAUAUACAAUUAUGGAGUGCCUUAUAGGUAUUGCAUUCAAAGAUUUUGUAAUAGUCGCCUCCGAUAUGAGUGUUGCUCAUAGCAUUGUUGUUGUCAGCAAAGAUGCUGAUAAAAUGUAUAAAUUAAGUGAUCAUUUGCUGAUGUUAGUUUGUGGAGAACCUGGUGAUACUGUUCAAUUUGCUGAAUUCAUUGCGAAAAAUAUCCAACUGUAUAAGAUGAGAAAUGGCUAUGAACUUUCUCCUACAGCUGCAGCUAACUAUACUAGAAGGAACUUGGCUGAUUUUCUACGCAGCAGGACACCAUAUUCUGUCAACAUUUUGAUGGCUGGACAUGAUAAUGAUAAUGAUAAUGGUUGCGAGCUUUAUUUCAUAGAUUACCUGGCAACUAUGUGUAAACAGCCAUUUGCUGCACAUGGAUAUGGAUCUUUCUUUGCUCUUAGUAUUAUGGAUCGAUAUUACAGACCAGAUAUGAGUAAAGAAGAAGGAAUUGACUUAAUCCAGAAGUGCCUGAAGGAGAUAGGCAAUCGUUUUCUUGUAAGCUUACCUAGCUUUAAAGUGAAAAUAGUUGAUAAAGAAGGAAUACACAAUUUACCAGAUAUGAGUACUGUUGGAAGUCCUAUGGUUUUUAAAUAAAUGUUUACAUUUUUGCAAGUCUA